AUGCCAUCCGCGGACAAUAAGACGACACCCGCGCGGCCAGUCCGCAGUACCAACCUAGCAAAAUCAGCUUACAACUCACCAUACUCACACCUCGGAUCCCCAUCAUCCAAACCCCAUGACGACCCGUACAUUGCGCUUCGCGCCAAAGCGCUUGCAACUCUGGAAGCAAUGGGCUACGCACCAGACACCAUGGUCGAGCGUGGUGUCCUCUGGGCAGAAGACCAAGACCCCUUUGGCCAUGUCAUGCAGUCGCAAUACAUGCACUUCCUGGGAACGUGUUUCCACCGCGUCAUGGAAAGCUACGACGAGUUUCUCAACGAGGAGGAAUACAAUGCCAUGAUUCAAGCCAAGAGUGUUGCGCCAAUGGUGCACAAGUAUGAGCUGACGAUCAAGAGACAAGUGAAAUAUCCGGAUUCCCUUAUUGCCGCUUGGAGACAGGAGCAUUUUGAGCCGACUCGGAAUUCUGGCACAACAUGUCUGUUCUCUUUACAGCAGCAGGCAAUUGUUGCGGAGGUCAAAGGAUUUGUCACAUAUGUGGAUGUGAAGACUGGGAAGCCAGUUGACGUUCGGACCUUGGGUGGAGGUUGGGCAAAAUUAUAUGACGGAUUUGUGUUGAAGUCGGAGAAGUCUAGGGCUCGUUUGGAGGAAUGGGAGAAGACGCACUUGAAAGGUAAAUCUCGAAAGGCUCAUCUAUAA